AUCCACUUUCUCCUCCUUCCUUCCUUCCCCACUUUUCAAUUCCCCUUCACUACCCUUUCCCCUCUCUCUCACCCAUUUUCUCUCUCCAAAUUCGCCGGAGAACCACCAUGCCGCCGCCUAACUGGCUUUCUAUCAGGAGGACCACGAGCCAGAAGGAUAUCCUCUUCGACGUCGGAGGCCCCGCCGUCUCAGAACUCGAAAACCCUACCACCGCCGCCUUCGGUCCCCGCCUUCUCUCCAUGCUCUCGCCCAGAAACAAUCGGAGGCAUUCUGAUGAAUUUCCCUGGUCUUCUCACUACCUCCGUGCUUGCUGCCUCUGCCAACGCCGCCUCGUCGACGGCCGAGACAUUUACAUGUACAAGGGAGAAAGCGCUUUUUGUAGUGCAGAGUGCCGGCUGCAGCAGAUGAAUCAAGAUGAGGCUAAGGAGAAACGUUCCAAGACGUCGAAUAAAGGAUCGGCGGCCGUCGCAUCGGCCCCGACCGCCGUAACAAAAGUAUCUGCUAUUAAUGGCGAGACUGUAGCCGCCGUGUAGCCGCCGUAUAUCACUUCAGAUUUAAAAGCAGCCGCCACCGCUCCAGCUUUCUAUUAGCGCAUAUAAAUACAGAUUAUAAUAUAUAUAUUUGGGAGUCUUAGAUAUAAUUUUGGAGCUGUUGUAUGUGAAUAUUUCCCUCUAAUUGAAAUAUAUGUUUUAUGUGUAACACUCGACUUAGAACUUUUAAUUGACAUUUGGGCAUUUUCAUAUA